CCGAGCAGUGAACGCCCAGAGCUUAUAAAGGGUUGGAGCUCAGAGAAGGACUGAGUUGCCUCAAUAGCGAGUCUGAAUCCUCUCGGUACACUGUAAGCGGACUAUAGGACUGCAGGAGGACUAUAAGACUGCAGCUGUCACCACGAUGUCUGACGGACGUAGCCUGGUCUACCUGGUGACCGGAGGAUGCGGCUUUCUCGGCCGCCACCUGCUCGGCGUGACGCUGGAGAAGGAGAAGCGGGUGUGUGAGAUCAGGCUCUUCGACAAGGUGGUGGACCCCCGUCUUACCGAGCAGAGCACAGACGGGGUGCAGGUCACGGUGCUCCAGGGGGACAUCACGGACUACCUCAGCGUACGGGAGGCCGUGCGCGGGGCUGACGUGGUCUUCCACUCUGCCAGCCUGGUGGACGUCUGGCACAAGGUGUCCCCGGCGGUCAUCCACGCCGUCAACGUCACAGGAACAGAGAACGUGAUCCAGGCGUGCGUGGAGCUUGGGGUCCAGUAUCUGGUCUACACCAGCAGCAUGGAGGUGGUGGGCCCGAACGUCAAAGGAGACCCCUUCAUCAGGGGAAACGAAGAGACGCCCUACAACAUCGCUCACGCCAUGCCCUACCCCCGGAGCAAGGCGGAGGCGGAGCGCAUCGUGGUCAGAGCGAACGGCACGGAGGUGAGCGGCGGUAAGACGCUGCACACCUGCUCCCUGCGGCCCACCGGGAUCUACGGAGAGGAGCACCAGCUCAUGAAGGACUUCUACGACAAGAGCGUGCAGGCGGGGGGCCGGCUCAUCCUGGGGGUCCCCAAGAACACGGAGCACGGCCGGGUCUACGCAGGCAACGUGGCCUGGAUGCACCUGCUGGCGGCACGGGGCCUGAUGGAGGAGCCGCAGACGGUGGGCGGCCAGGCGUACUUCUGCUACGACGACUCGCCCUACAAGAGCUACGAGGACUUCAACCUGCAGUUCCUGUCGGCGUUCGGCUUCAGCCAGGUGCACAUUCCCCUGGUGGCGCUCUGGUUCCUCGCCGUCCUCAACGACGUGCUGCGCUGGGUGCUGCGGCCCGUGUGGCAGUGGGCGCCGCUGCUCAACCGCUACACGCUGGCCGUGGCGUGCACCUCCUUCACCGUGAGCUCGGACAAGGCGCGGCGCCACUUCCGGUACACGCCGCUCUUCAGCUGGGAGGAGUGCCGGGCGCGCACGCAGGCCUGGGUCGACACGUUUCCCGGCCUCGGCGCCAAGAAGGACUCCUGACCCUGACCCCGACCGGACGCAAUAAUUGUGGCUGCAACACGCACGUGCGCACACAUACACGCACGUGCGCACACAUACACGCGCACACAGACACAAACACAGACAGACAGACAGACAGACAGACAGACAGACAGACAGACACUCCCCCCCCCCCCCCCCCCCCCCUCCCACAGCUACUAGACCCCGUCUGUAUGUGGGAUGCAGUUUGCACACUUCAAAUAGCCGUAUUGGAUUCAGUGCAAUGGUCCGUUGAGUCUCAUGGCCUUAGGGACUGUCUGAACGGUGAAUUCAUCCUUUCAGUCCCGACUCAGGAUCUGCACAUUUUCUCUGUUCCUUAUUUUUAUAAAGACUAUUUUCAUGCUUUUCAAACUCAACCGUUUCUAAGAUGACGAUGUUAAGCUGACAUGAAUGCUAUUAAAUUAACUAAUUAUUACCUAUAAUAACAAUGAGGUGUCAUGUAUCUUCUAUAUGUCUCAGUAUAUCUUGUAGAAUAAUCAAAUAUUUAAAUAUAGCUAUAUAAAUAGUAUAAUAAAUAUAAUAUAGUCGCCUCUUCA